AUGACCGCUGACGGUGUGACCGUGACUUAUGACGGAGCUCAAGAAUCAAACCCACCCGAGUCCAAGUCUGAGUCCGGGGAUUCGACCUCGAUGGCAGCUCAAGAAGUGACGGCGACAACCUCAGGAGCGGCCACUACUGCGACUGCGUCAUCCUCGUCAAUGACCUCGGCCUGGGAUGUUUAUAUAACUAUCAAUGAUGAGACCUACCGCAUUCCUUCUGAUGAUUCGUCGUUGGAUAUAGUCCUAGAUGAUGGGUCGCUGCUUACGCUGUCUUCGAGACAGGUGUCUAUUAAUGGCGAUAAGGUUGAUAUUCCUGGUGAUCUCUCCAAUUCACCUAUGCUCACUGCUGAUGGGCAGUCAUUCACUGUGGGCAAAGGGUUUGACGGUAGCAGUGGUGAUGGCGGUGACGGUGGUGGUAGUGGGUCAAGCAUAUCUAGUGAUACAAUCUCUGGACUAGGCGAUGCUGAGAGCUCUAUUUCUUCUGGUCUAGACAAAAUCACCAGUGGCAUAAAGUCCUGGGCCGCUGGUAGCGCAGAGAGCGAAGUGACUUCACUUUCAGGGUCUAUUGAUUCAACACUCGAAAGCCUGGACCAGUUGCUAGGCCCCAUGAGAAGUAUCUCACAAAGCUCUAGCAUCGAGCUACAGGAAUUAACCACAAGUGGUCUCCGGGUGGUAUUCAAGGCUUAUCCUGAUCUGGAAAGAGGCCGUGAUAUUCUGAGCUCGAUGCAGAAGUUAUUGAAAGGACUUCCCACACUUCGAGACGCUGCUACGCAGAAUGUCAAGAAAUACUGGCUUCGCUAUAUAGCCACGGGUGGUGAACUCCUGGCUUUGGACCAGACUAUCCAGAAGCUGAAAGAAUAUUCAUGGGACGAUGCCUUGACAGUGACGGCCACCUCCACAACCGCUGGGGAAACCCAAACCACAUCUGGGAUAGCUACAACUUCAACCGAAUCACCGACGGCUUCCUCUUCAUACCUUAUUACAACAAAGCGCGGCACAUCCCUCACUAAGUUCAAGGCUUUUGUUCAUGCUCUUGACGGCGGCGCGGGAUAUCAAAUGGCUUGUUCGGAGGUUGAUCACCAAGCCUACGUGACAGACCUCACAGCGACCCAGGUUGCGACUAUCAAAGCCCUUCCUUUCAUUAGGACAGUCUCCUAUAAUAUUCCUGUAACCGAGCUGGAUGACGAUGAGGACUUCCGCGCUGUUCCCGACCGAGACUUCUUACCUGAAGUUGACCAGCUAUACGACUUGACCAACCACAAGUCGAGAAAAUGGCUUUAG